AUGGCCAAACCCCUGAACCUUUUGGCCGCCACGGCGUCGGAUCUGCAAGCUGGGUUAACGGCGGGCACGUACAACAGUUCACAGCUCGUAGACUUGUAUCUAGAACAGAUCGCACGACAUAAUACUUCUCUCAAAGCGGUCAUUGAAACUGCGCCGGUCACCGUGUUGCAGCGACAAGCGAGUGAGCUCGACCAAGAGCGGAUUUUGGGGAAACUCCGGGGUCCUCUGCAUGGUAUUCCCAUUCUUUUGAAGGACAACAUUGCAACCCAUCCAGACCUCGGGCUAGAAACCACCGCGGGCAGUUUUGCGCUGUACGGAUCGCGUCCAAGGCGCAAUGCAGAAAUCGUUGACAAGCUGCUAAAAGCCGGAGUGAUCGUACUUGGUAAAGCGAACAUGUCGGAACUUGCAUACUACAGAUCCGAAGGUAUCCCAUCCGCCUGGUCCGCGAGAGGCGGUCAAGGCCAGUCUGCGUACGUCGAAGGUGGAUUUCGCGAUGAUGACUCAAAUCCAGGGGGUUCCUCCUCCGGCUCAGCCGUCAGCGUCUCUGCUGGCUUCGCCCCGAUCUCCAUCGGCACCGAAACGAACGGAUCCUUGAUAUUUCCUGCGGAUCGAGCCGCCUUGUAUACUAUCAAGCCAACCAUAGGCAUCAUUUCUCAGGACGGCUUGAUCCCCAUAUCCCCGCUCUGCGACGCUGCAGGCCCGAUGACGAAGAGUGUCAGUGAUCUAGCACUGCUUCUGGAUAUCUUAGUCGAUCCAUCUACAACCGAAGUCCCCGACGGUGGCUACAUUACUUCCGCAACUAUGUCGUGGGGCAAUAUUAGGGUGGGGGUGUUGGAUCCAAGAGACUGGUACCUUAAAGACCCUCCUCUGCAGUACGUCAAGGAGGCAGAGGAACAAAUGACCGCCGAGAUCGAAGCGGCAUACAAGACGCUAGAAUCUACCGUAUCCCAUGUGCGCCGCGUUUCACUAAUCUCAAAGACGGAGGCAAAUGAUGAUGGAAAGAGAGAUAUCAGCAAGCUAUGGGAUCACGAUUUUAGCCAGGCCUUCGAAAGUUACCUUGCAACCGUCGAUAACUCCAAGGUGCACAGUCUCUUGGAGCUCGUUGAGUACAAUCAGGAGCAUGCAGACGUGGAGCUUCCACCACGGUACGAUAACCAGAAUGGCCUUCUCCGGGCUCUAAACUCCAAUCUGAGCAGUGAGGAGUAUGACGAUAUUCUCGCGUUCUCGCGGAAAGCAGGUCGGGAGUUGGGCAUCGAAAAGACCCUCCGUGAGAACGACGUGGACGUUAUUAUUGGCCCCGGAGGGAGUACAAUGAGCUAUAUUGCUGCUGCUGCAGGGUAUCCCAUCGCGUCACUCCCACUGUCGUACCUCCAUUACAACGGCCGGCCAUUUGGCCUCGCGAUUUUGACCCGCGCGCAUCAGGAUGCAUUGCUAGUGCAGGCUAUGAGUGCAUGGGAGGCGACGUUUCCGAGGCGGAAGUUGCCCCCCAUGCUGGCCCCGACAUCGAUGAUCUAG